GACCAUCACCACAAAUCUCCCCCUCCUUUCUCGCAACAAGAGUAGUGCGCAUACAGCGAGCAAUAUGCAGCGACAUCAGUUCACCGCACUCAACUCAACCUUCAUCGUCGAUGCAGAGUACGAGUUCGUCAAGGAGCUCGGCCAGGGCGCCUAUGGCUGCGUUGUCGCAGCCCGACACCGCCGCUCGGGGGAAGGGUGCGCGAUCAAGAAAAUCACCAACAUAAACACAAAGCGGAUCCUGACGAAGAGGUGUCUGCGUGAAAUCAGGUUAUUGCACCAUUUCCGAGGACACAAGAACAUAACAUGUCUCUAUGACAUGGACAUCGUCUUCCAGCCCAAUGGCAACUUCGACGAGGUCUAUCUCUACGAAGAGCUCAUGGAAGCCGACUUACACGCAAUCGUCCGGUCAGGUCAACCCCUAUCGGACGCACACUUCCAAUCCUUCCUCUACCAGACCCUCUGCGGUCUUAAGUACAUCCACUCCGCCAACGUACUUCAUCGCGACCUCAAACCAGGCAACCUCCUCGUCAACGCGGAUUGCGAGCUCAAGAUCUGUGACUUUGGUCUUGCAAGAGGAUACACACCCGGUGGAGGUGCCAACGCUGUUAGAGGCGCUCCGAACCAAGGGUUCAUGACCGAAUAUGUCGCUACUCGGUGGUACCGUGCUCCCGAGAUCAUGCUAAGUUUCGCUAAUUAUACAACGGCAAUUGACGUUUGGUCAGUUGGGUGCAUCCUCGCCGAGCUGCUCGGCGGUAAACCUAUCUUCAAAGGACGAGACUAUGUCGACCAACUAAACCAAAUUCUCCACUACCUCGGCACGCCCUCCGAAGACACUCUGCGCCGUGUCGGCUCCCCACGUGCACAAGAUUACAUUCGUUCUCUACCCAUCAAGCCGCGCAUCCCGUUCACUACGCUCUACCCACACGCCAAUCCACUCGCGUUGGAUUUGCUCAGUAAGAUGCUGACAUUCGACCCUGCGAAGCGGAUUAGCUGCGAACAGGCGCUUGCGCAUCCGUAUUUGGCUGUAUGGCAUGAUCCGACGGAUGAACCUGUUUGCGAGAAGAAAUUCGACUUUAGUUUCGAGGAAGAAGACUCGAUCGAAGGGAUGAAACGCCUCAUCGUCGAAGAAGUUAACACUUUCCGUGCGCUUGUACGUUCCCAAGCGCGCGCCGCAGGUCAGAUGCGUAGACAAGAAAGCCUACCCAUCCCAACCCGCGAAGAAAUUAUGAACUCACCCGUACGCGAAUACGCCCCUCCCAACGGUGCCACAUCAAACUUCACAGGCGCUGCUGUGGGAGGAAGACCGAGUAGCCCGAUUAUGGACGACCCUGGUGCGGAUUUGGAGAGGGAGCUGGCGGGUGCGGGGAUUAAUGGAAAGAAGUAUUGAUUGUGUGUGGCAAUGGAGAGUAUUCAGUUGAUUGCGUCAAGUUAGAAGAACAGGGGUGCGGGGAAAUGAGGUUUGCUUUGUUGGAUUUUGGUUCGUCGUCGUUCGCGAGCCACCCACGGACCCACGCAACUACGACAUAAUCUAUAUCUCUUGGGUCUUAAAUUGUUCGUUUAUAUCUAUUCCUUCCCAGUCCGAGUACUUAGUAUCUUGUGUACUUCCACGUCGUCCUCAUUUCUUGUCCUUUAUCUUCUUGUGUACACACUCACUGCUGUGUCUGUACCUGUGUAGAUUCAACUAUUUAUCGUUCAC